AUGGAAACACUAAAUACUGAGUGUUAUGUGAAACCUUGUAAUACUCUUUGUGGAGGAACUACAUGUGAACCAUGUCAAAAAGAAUGCGCAAAAUAUAAUAAAUGGUUAUUAACUAAAAAAAAUGAAUUUAAUGGACAAAAAAUGAAAUUUAGAGAUGAUUACAAACAAAAAAAAGACAAACAUGCUAUAUAUGCUGGAAUCAAUCAAAGUCCUCACAGCUAUUUAAACAAAAAUGUACCUACCUGCAGUACAGAAGAAUUUACUAAAUUAUUCAAGAAAGCAGACAAAAUAUAUCAACCAUAUAAAGGAAAAUGUAAAAGAUGUAUAGAUGAAUUAACUCAAGAUGUUUUAGAUAAAAUUCAAAAUAAAACGGGUACUCCAAAUAGAAAAAAAAAUAUUUUUUUAUUAUGUAAUGGAAAAUGUGAAGAUGGAAGUGAUAAUUUGUACGACAAAUAUGUUAAAGACAGUAAAUAUAAUGAUAUUAAGGGACAAGGUAAUUGCGAAGGGCUUAAAAAAGAAGCAGAAAGUAAAUAUAUUAAAUGGAUACAUAGUGGAGGGGGAAAUGAAUAUGAAUAUUUGAAGAAUCGUGGUGUUCCUGAAGACGUAUAUAUUCCUCCAAGGAAACAAAAAAUAUGUUUUCAAGGACUAGACGGAAAAAUUACAGGUGUUAAUGUUAAUGAUGAAAAGACGUUGUUGGAACAUUUGAUAAAACUUGCUGCAAUUGAAGGAUUUAAUUUAGGAGAAUAUUAUAAAGAAAAAAAACAAAAACCAGAUAAUGAAAAAUAUAAAUAUGAUGUUAGUGAAUGUAGUGCUUUAAAAUAUAGUUUUCUUGACUUAAGAGAUAUAAUAUUAGGUCACGAUAUGGUAGAAACAGAUAAGGAGGAAACAGAACAAAAUUUGAAAAAAAUAUUUGAAAAAGUGCAAAAUGAAAAAGGCAGCAGUGAUUUAAAUAAAGAGCGUAAAGAUUUUUGGAAUCAGAACAAAGAUUGUGUCUGGAAAGCUAUGCUAUGUGGAUAUAAAAAAAGUAGAGAUGAAGGAACUGCUAGUGGUAAAUCUAAACCUAGUGUUGACGACCUACAAAAUUGUGGUACUGACCCCCCUAGUGAGACCGAUUACCCACUUGGCAAUGACCGUGAUAGUGGUAAAAACCUCCAGUUUUUGAGAUGGUUUGCCGAAUGGGGCGAAGAUUUUUGUGGUCACUACACGAGGGAGUUGGAGAAGUUGAGUACCGCUUGUCAGAAAUGUGUAGGUAAUGGAAAUUGUGAAAAUUGUACCCAGUGUCAAACACAAUGUGGAAUAUAUUCAUCAUUUAUUAAAAAAUGGAAAGAUCAAUAUGAUAAACAAAAGUUAAAAUAUGAUGAUCUUAAAGAUAAACCUCCAUAUAAGAAUGAUCCGGCCGUGAGUGGUUCAAAAGAAGCCUAUGAAUAUUUAGACAAAUCGUUAAAAAAAAGUUGUCAAAAUAGUGGUACAAAUAGUGAUUGUAAUUGUAUGGAACAAACCUCGUCACAAACCACGUCCUCUAGUGGUACACACAUGCCUAAAUCCCUAGACCAAAUACCUGAGGGAUAUGAAAGUAAGUGUGAGUGUGUGGAUAAGCCGGCGGCGGCGAAACCAGAUACGUCACAUCAAUCACCAGGGAGAUCGGCACAACCGGGACGAUCUCAAGCAAAAGUUGAUGACCAGGAUCAGGGUACUUGGGUUGGAGGCCCUACACUGAAUCCACGUGGAGCAAACGCUGGCAUUCAAGUUACUCCUGCCUCACCUAGUCCCACAAAUCCCACUCCUGGUCACUCUCCGGCUCCUGCGUCACCGUCGAGUGGUGGUGGCUCGCCAGGGACGAAUGGUGGUACUGGUAACCAGGCGGGAAGUGGAGCAUCAACAUCAAAAAAAACUGAUGGUCUCGAUAGUUUGUGGAACGCAAUAGAAAAGACUACUGCUGUUGCUAAAGAUUUGGGAGUUGCUGCAGCAGAAAAAGCUAUUCAAGCUGUAAAUAUUAUAAAGCCAAUUGCAGAAGUAGCUGAAACAUUAGGAACUAUAGGUGCUGGAUAUAUUGGUUUAGGAGCUGCAACAACUGGAAUAGAAGCAGCAAAAGCUGGAAUAAAAGCUGUUGAAAAAGUUGGACCAAUUUUGAAAACUACAAUAAAUACUGCUAUUCGUUCCAUUACAAAUACUGUUAAACCCCCUGCCCCACAACCGCAACCUGGUAAUAGUGGUAAUAGUGGUGGUUCAUCAAGUGGUGGUAGUGCUAACGCGGUGGCACCACUUGGACCUGGUGGACAAGUAUCACCUGGAGUUGGACCUGGACCAUCACCCCCAGCAAAACCUGGUGGAAACUCAGCACCUGGUGGAGUAACCCCCGACCUCACCAAAUUCGUCACGCCCACGGUCGUGCCUUGGGCUAUAGGUGUUGGUUUUGUUGGGAUAGUUUAUUUAAUGUUGAAGUAA